GUCCAUUACAAUAUCCCGCACCACCAGCAGACCUAGAUAUACACAGACACCAACACGCAGACCACAAAACCAAAAGAGAAAAGAACAGAGAAGAGAGAAGGAAGAUGCACCCCCUCCUCCUCCUCUCCACGAUAUCCCUCGCCGCCGCAACAACCAACAAAGGCUUGGGAUAUUUGCAAUGUGCGUCCUCCAUCGCCCGCACCUACCACACCACCGACUGUACCUCUCCCUCGGCCCUCGACUGUUUCUGUAAUGCGCCAUUCACCCCGGAUUCUCUGGAUCAGGAGACACUGGAUAGUUGUGCGGAGGAGGGUGUUUCAACCGCCCAAAUCCCCGAGUACAUCUGCUCCGAUAGCACCGUGCCCGUUCCCGCUAGAAAGGGGAGUAGUCCGAUGAUGCGCGUGGCGAGUCCGGAUAGUGGUUCGGUGUCGACGUCUACUUCGACUUCGACUUCCAGUUCGAACUCCACCAGUGACAACAACAAGGACAAAACUAAAGACAAAACCAAAACCAAAGAAACCAACACAAACGCCACGCAAAAGUCCAAUCUACGAACCGCCCCAAUUCCCAAUACCAACAUGGACAUGGACAUGAAUGAGAUGAACGAUAUGACUAUGAACCCAAAACGCGCCUACGCCCCAGACCCAGCGACCGAUGCCUCCCCGGAUACAGAUAUCGAUACAGACAUCACCAGAACCACCACAACCACCGACUCAGACUCAUCCGCAGACUCAAACACCAACCCAAACCCCUCCGAAACCUCCCCCUCCCCCUCCCCCUCCCCCUCCCCAGAAACAACCACUCCCCCCAUCCACCACGGCGUGCACAUGACCGACGCUGCCAACGCCAACGUGGUGUAUAAACUCUACACUGAGACGCGGACGGAUUGUGCGUGUGAUCUUCCGGGAUAUACGUCUCCGACGGCGACUAGCAACCCGGUGGGUGUGGAUGUGGAGGGCGUGGAUAGUUCUGCUAGUGCUACGCAGACUGGGACUGCGGAUGCGGGGACGGUUACGGGGGUUAGUGAUGGCACUACUUCGGGGGUUGCGGAUGGUACUGCUACCGCUACCGCUAGUGGUACUGGUACUGGUACUGGUACUACGCCUACUAGUUCCGUCACCGAUGUGGCGAGUGGGAGCUCCUCAGGUGUAUUCUCCACAAUCACCGCAACGUCAACAUCGACAGUGCUUGGAAGUAAUACGCCGGUGCCGACGGGGGUUGAUGCAUUGGGUGGUGACGAUGAUGUGGAUUAUGCAGAUGGGGAUGAUGAGGGCGAGGAGGUGUUGUUUACGGGGGGUGCGAUGGGACGGAAAGGGUCGAUGGCUGGGGUAUUGGGUGUGGUGGGGUUGGUUGGGGGGUGGAUGGUGCUGUAG